GGGCCGGUGCUGGAGAUGGACGUGGAGUGGGGCAGCCGGGCCGCGUCGUCGCUGGGCAGCGGCGCGGGGGUCCCGGCGGGCGGCGGGCGGAGGGCGCGGCGGGGCCCUGAGGGGCCGGGCCGCCUCCCGGGGCCGCCCGAUGGAACCGCGCCACGCAAAGCGGCCUGGGCCAAGCGCCUGGCGCGGAGACUGCGAGGUCUGUGGGGGACAAGACUCAUGGAAGAGAGCAACACCAGCAGAGAGCGGUACUUGAAAAGUGUUUUACGGGAGCUGAUCACGUACAUGGUUUUCCUCAUGAUCCUGUGUGUAUUGACUUAUGGGACAGUGAGUUCCAGUAUGUACUAUUAUACAAGGGUUAUGUCACAGCUCUUCCUGGAAACACCUGUGUCAAAAACAGAGAGAACUGAUUUCAAAACUUUGUCCACAAUGGAUGACUUCUGGAAGUUCACAGAAGGCCCUUUGCUGGAUGGUCUUUACUGGGAGAUGUGGUACAACAACAAAACCAUGGCAGAAAACAAAAGCUUCAUUUAUUAUGAGAACCUGCUCCUAGGGGUGCCUCGCAUUCGGCAGCUGAAAGUCAGGAAUGGUUCGUGCUCCAUACCUGAAGAUUUAAGGGAUGAAAUCAAAGACUGCUAUGAUGUCUAUUCUGUAGCUAAUGAAGAUACUGCUCCCUUUGGGCUCCGCAAUGGAACUGCCUGGACGUACACCAAUGAGAAGGAUUUGAAUGGGAGCAGUCACUGGGGCUUGAUUGCCACGUACAGCGGGGCUGGUUAUUACCAGGACCUCUCGAGGACCAGAGAAGUGACAGCUCUGCAGAUUGCAAGCCUGAAGAAGAACCUGUGGCUGGACAGAGGGACCAGAGCAGCCUUCAUUGAUUUCUCUGUGUACAAUGCAAACAUCAACCUAUUCUGCGUGGUCAGGUUGCUAGUGGAGUUUCCAGCCACUGGAGGCCUGGUUACAUCUUGGCAGUUUCAGCCUGUGAGGCUGAUUCAUUACAUCUCGACUUUUGAUUUUUUCCUGGCAGCCUGUGAAAUGUCCUUCUGUCUUUUUGUUCUGUAUUAUAUGGUGGAAGAGAUCUUAGAAAUUCGCAUUCAUAGACUGUGCUACUUCAGGAGUCUUUGGAAUUGCCUUGAUAUCCUUAUCAUUGUGCUGUCUGUGGUAGCUAUAGGAAUUAGCAUCUAUAGGACAUCAACUGUUGAUAUGCUCCUGAAGAAGCUGCUGGAAGAUCAGAACUCAUUCCCCAAUUUUGAACCCUUGGCAUAUUGGCAAAUGCAGUUCAACAACAUUGCUGCAGUCACGGUGUUUUUUGUCUGGAUUAAGCUUUUCAAAUUUGUUAACUUCAACAGAACAAUGAGCCAGUUAUCCACCACGAUGUCUCGCUGCGUCAAAGAUGUCAUUGGCUUUGCCAUUAUGUUUUUUAUUAUUUUCUUAGCAUAUGCUCAGUUGGCCUAUCUUGUCUUUGGCACUCAAAUUGAUGACUUCAGUACCUUCCAGGACUGCAUAUUUACUCAAUUCCGCAUCAUUUUGGGAGACUUCAACUUCACAGAGGUUGAAGAAGCCAAUCGAAUUUUGGGACCCAUUUAUUUUACUACAUUUGUGUUCUUUAUGUUCUUCAUUCUUUUGAAUAUGUUUUUGGCCAUUAUCAAUGAUACCUACUCUGAAGUCAAAUCAGAUAUGGCACAACAGAAGGCAGAAAUGGAAUUGUCUGACCUUAUCAGGAAGGGCUACAACAAAGCCAUGAUCAAACUUAAACUGAAGAAGACUACUGUUGAUGACAUUUCAGAAAGUCUGAGGCAAGGUGGAGGAAAACUCAAUUUUGAUGAACUCCGGCAGGAUCUCAAAGGGAAGGGGCACACUGAUGCAGAAAUUGAAGCAAUAUUUACCAAAUAUGAUCAGGAUGGGGACCAGGAAUUGACAGAGCAUGAACAUCAGCAGAUGAGAGAUGACCUGGAGAAAGAGAGGGAGGAUCUGGACCUGGAUAGGAGCUCUCUGCCACGUCCUCUGAGCAGCCGCAGCUUCCCCAGGAGCUUAGAUGACUCUGAGGAGGAUGAGGAUGAAGACAGUGGGCACAGCUCCAGGAGGAGGGGCAGCAGCUCUAGUGGGGUUUCCUAUGAAGAGUUCCAAGUACUCAUGAGGCGGGUGGAUCGCAUGGAGCAUUCCAUCGGCAGCAUCGUCUCCAAGAUCGAUGCUGUUAUCGUGAAGCUGGAAGCCAUGGAGAGGGCCAAGCUAAAAAGGAGAGAUGUGUUGGGAAGGCUGUUAGAUGGAGUGACAGAGGAUGAAAGACUGGGCCGGGACAGCGAAAUCCACAGGGAGCAAAUGGAGCGGUUGGUGCGGGAGGAGCUGGAGCGCUGGGAGUCGGACGACACGGCCUCCCAGAUGAGCCAUAGGCUGGGAACACCCCUGGGGCUGAGCGGGCAACCUCGCUCCAGGAGCUCCAGGCCAUCCUCUUCCCAGUCUGAUGGCCUCGAUGCAGCAGCAGCAAACGGGGGCAACAGCAUCCAUGUGUAG